AUGAAUGGAGAAAGUCGACACACCUUCACAACAUCGAAAUACCAAAAGAUUCAGCUACGUCAGAAAUGCCAUACAGUGACUCUGCGCGUUGAUCAACCUGAUUCAUUGAACUAUUUUGUUCAGCCACACAAGAGAAAUGCAAGGUGCACUGUCCACCUAGCUUUUAAAUUGAGUUAUGUGCUUAUGGUAUUAUUCCCGAAACAGAGUACACAAAUCUUCACAACUGUUGCUAAUCCAGCCGAGAUUGGUACUCCUGAGGAUUGGUGGCCUGCGGAGUCAGGAAAAGCUCUUGCAAGUAUGCGCUUAAUUCCUUGA